CAUCGCAUAGGAUAACCUCAGUUCCUCAUCCUCCGACGUCAAAUUGGAUAAAGCCACAACUGACAUGAGUUGGAAAAUUCUAAUAUCAUCGCUAAUCUGCCUAUCGGCUGCAGUCAUCGGUAUGGACGACUAUUAUGCUGUAUCAGGUGGCAAAGUGAUGCUUCCUUGUAACAUCUCGGUUUCGUCUAAAGACGAGGCCAUUUCGAUGAUCUUAUGGUAUAAAGGCGAGGCUGAAGUUCCCAUUUACACUCUAGAUGCCAGAAGGUCUCCUCUUCCUAAGGCUAGACAUUUUCCUAGUGUCGAGCUCGGUGCCAGAGUAUAUUUCGACGUAUCUCCAAAAACGCCACAUCUGAAGAUAGAUCAUGUGACCGAAGAUGAUGAAGGAGAAUAUAGAUGUCGAAUUGAUUUUCGACGAUCUAGAACAGUUACUCACAGUGUCCGCCUUAUUGUCAUAGUGCCUCCUAAAGCUGUGAUUAUCAAAGACGAUAACAACCAAAUAUUAUCGGAAACUAUCGGUCCUCUAGAUGAAGGAAGCUACUUAACUAUUGUGUGCGAAGCCGAUGGAGGCAAUCCACCACCAGUAAUAUCCUGGUGGAGAGGAAAUGUUCUUUUAGAUGACAGUUACUCUUCAAUGCCUCAAGGUGUUGUACGUAAUGAACUACUACUUCCAAGUCUACAAAGAUCCGAUCUCUUAGCUGUGUUUUUAUGUCAAGCUUCAAAUACCAAUCUAACAGCACCCAAAUCUGCAACUGUUGUACUCGAUCUCAAUUUAAAGCCGUUGGAUGUCCAUCUCAUCACAAGUUUAUCUCACGUAUCGGCCGGAAAAAAAGCCAAGUUGACUUGUGAAUCGACAGGUUCCCGUCCUCCGGCAACCAUUACUUGGUGGAAAGAUGGGAAAAAGUUACGCAAUGCCGUGGAGAGCAUCACGGAAGGUGGAAACGUGACUACCUCUGUACUCACCAUCAUUCCUUCCGCAGAUGACAACGGAAAAGUACUCACAUGUAGAUCGGAUCAUCCUUCGCUAGUCCACGACGAUCUUCAAGACAGUUGGGUGAUGAAUGUGUUCUAUGUGCCAAAUAUUACAUUGGAUUUCGGUGCUAACAUUCAACAUACUGCUAUCAAAGAAGGCAGCGAUGUUUAUUUCGAAUGUAAUAUCAAAGCUAAUCCUUGGGUAACAGACGUUGGCUGGAAUUUUCAAGGGAAACCAUUAUAUAGUAAUACUUCCGCGGGCAUCAUCGUUAGUAAUCAGUCCUUAGUACUUCAAAAAGUUAAAAGAGAUCACAGAGGAUUUUAUCAAUGUACGGCUACUAAUGUAGAAGGAGAAGGAGCAAGUAAUAAAAUACCGUUAGAAGUACAGUAUGCUCCUAUUUGUAAAAAUCCCUUAAAAUCUGUAUAUGGAGUUGCUCGAGAUGAAGCUACAGAAGUUACUUGUGAUGUAGAAGCGAGUCCAGAAAAUGUUAAAUUUCGUUGGUCGUUAAAUAAUUCGGUUGACAACAUAGAGAUAACAACUCAUAUUAGUAACGGUACCAGCAGCACGGUUACUUACACUCCCUGGUCUGUGUCUGGAUAUGGUGCUUUGUUGUGUUGGGGCCAGAAUAUUAUUGGAUAUCAGAAGGAGCCUUGCGUCAUUAGACUCAUACCUGCAGGCCCUCCAGACUCUGUUAAGGGCUGUCUAGUGACAAAUCUAACGACAAAUUCUUUAACGGUAGAAUGUGAAGCUGGCUAUGAUGGUGGAAUGCAGCAGCAGUUUCAUCUCGAGGUAUAUAACUCAGCAAUCGAACAUCUUCAGGUGAACUUGACAUCUCAGGACCUCCCCGUGUUUAAUGUUCAAAAUCUUCCAGAAGGCACUUCGUAUGUUUUGGUACUUUACGCCUCCAACAACAAGGGUAGAAGCAAUUCGGUAGCACUAAUGGCAAAUACAUUACCACCUGCAGAAAGACGGACAGCUAACGAAGAAGAAGCUGCAGUCAGUCCCAUUUUAGGAGUUCUUAUUGGUGUUAUCGGAGCUUUAGUUCUGGUUGCGAUUAUCGUCACACUAGUAAUGAAAUUGCAAUCCGAUCGUUCUGACAAAGGUUCCCUUCCACAAGAAAGUAUUAACAAGUGUGAUACACCACUGAAAAAAGAUACAGAUGAUAUACCAGAAAGUACAGAAAAAGGUCCAGAUAUAAUACCACCGAAUACAGAUAUUUUACUGGGCUAUAUAGGAGCUGACAUGUCCGAGAGGUUGCACCGCACUUCAGAAGUGAUGUACCCAUCAGUUAUGUCAAUGACAGAUCCUUUACAUUCUAUUACAGGCAAUCAAGCCAUGAAGUAUAGACAAUACAGUGUAGAUCCUGCAUAUGUCGAACUUCCCCGUCCACCAACUGUCAGGCGUCCAAUGCCAGAUCCCGAUUAUCCUGAAAUUCGAAGGCCCACCCGAAUGAUGUUACAUCAGGAACAGAGUCAAGAGCUGGACAGAUACAGGCAGACACCGGAAUGGCCCAUCACGAAUGACAUCCAGAUGAGAGGAAUGCCUUCAGGUAUCUCUCCUGUCCACUCGACGGUUACCACAACAUUGUGAAUUCCAUGCGAUGCUCUUCAGUAGAGAUGGUCAGGUGAAGAAGGUCCAUCUCCGGCUACAACCAUCAGCAUUUCUACAUUUGUACAGCACUGUCCUGUUCAUCUACUGAAUUCGAUAGGGAACUGGCAUCCUGUUACUAUACAGGAAAAUGGAAACGUUUAUGAGACUCUAAAGGAAUUUCUUAGAAGACAUCAUUUGCCGAACAAACAUAUAUUUGUUUUAAUAUUUGUGUAUUUAAGUGAUCACUAAGUGACGUCUUCUAAAAGAUUUUCGAGAUGAGAACUCAAUAAAUGACUCUGUACAAAUAUAUCACCGGAGACUGUACAAAUCUAUUUGCACAACACUCGGAAAAGAACAGUUUAUUAUGGCUUUGUAUAUCAUCAUCUUUACUGUGUAUAGAUCAUUCAUUGGUGCUAAAAUAGACAUGAUUUGAAUAGG